UUGGUACCUACCCAGAUAUUAGACGGGAAACAAGAAAGGAAUAAAACAACUGAGCCUGAUUAUCUCAUGGGCAGUGCUAGCUAUAAGGCUGUUCAGAUCUUAGACUGCGCACACUUUGCCUAGUUAGUAUAUAUCUGUCUUUAUGAAAUGAAUAUAGGUGAAAUUUGGUAAAUUAAAUAUUUUAAGAUGAAUGCUUCCAAAGAGGAACAAAAUCAUUUAUUUUAUCCUGCAAGGAAAAUCAGAGAAGAUGGCAGAGACUGACUACUGUAACUCGUCAUUUCCUACCUCAACUAAAACAAAAACCGACAAGCAUUUCUAAAAGGUUUAUAUUAUAUUCUUUCUCCAAAAAAAGGCAAACAAAUAUUUAAUUAAUUGUUCCUUACAGGGACGCAAUGAAGGAAUGGUUGGUCGARGUUUUGUUCUACACUUUCCACAUGUACGACGGCAUCUACUAUAAAAAUAGGCUKCCCUGCAAUAACGUCGUGAAAAGCUUUUACAGUUAGACAUCCUGUCACGACCUUGGAAAAGAAGAAAGAAUGUUUGAGUUUUAUCAUCUAAAAAUCUAACCUUUAUCUUAUACCACUUAUGUUUUUUUUUCAAAUAAAUCUGUUUUAAAAUUUCCGAAUGUUCUUGCACUAUUUUACAUGAAUAGACGAAACAUCUCUUACAUGCUGCCCGCUUGUCAGAGGAUACGUCAUCAUCCGGGACAUCGUUCCAGUCGACGAUAGCUGAUGACUUCACAGCAGCGAGAUACACGACAAGAAGUAAGAAAAUGGCUUUAGACAUCUUGCUUGGAUCUGAUAGUUUCAGUCAAAGGUUAAUAAUAUYAAUAGUAAGACAAGAGGGAAAGACAUUGAAGGACCUUAUGUGAAUAAUAACUUAUGUCCAUAAACAAAGUCUGAUUUUUUAAAACUGGUAAUUAAACAGAACAAGAGAAAAUUAAGAAUUUAUGAAAACGCUGAUCGAUUAUAAAAGAAAAAAAAAGAAACUGACAAUGAACAACAUGCGAAGAAAAGACUUGAAAGCUGUAAGUUGUGUGCACUGAUACCUCGCGCCGACCCACUCUCAAAAUGCAAUUGCCGUAGCUCAUUUGAGGCAGGCUGUAUCUACUACUUAAAGAACAAGCCAGCUGAGAAGCAAGAGAAAUCACGAAGCAUUCAUGUCACAUUCAUGGUACAUGCAUUUAGUUGAGUGCAAAUUUUACCUGAGAUUUCGGUUCAGUACUGUGUGAACGCCUCUAACUUGUGCAAUCAUGCAACAAUAGAAUCGAGUCACUCUUCGUGGUCUUUAUAUAGCUACACUAAGUCAGAGGCAAUGGAUGGGGCGUCAACUCUGUCAAUCAAUGUCUUUUAAACUUUCACUCUUUAUAAACAAAACUUUUGUUCUCKGGGGAGAAGGUAGGAUGAGGGGGAGGGAGUACGGGAACGUACAGUGAAAUAUCAUCUUGAAUAGGGUGCGGAAUUUCACGAUUUUGUUGUCCUGAAUAGUAUCGGAAGUUAGAAGUAUUAUAUAACGUCCAAGUCCGAAUCUGUAUCAAGUAUCCCCCGGGUAUUCAAGCGUUUUGCUCUUGAUAGUACGGCCCCCUACUUGGCAGAAAAGAAAAAAGUAACUAUGUCUUGUUGUGACAUCAGGAGUCAAUGCAAACUCGUGAAUUUCAUUACUCUGACGAUGCAAAAGCUUUCGGGGAUAUCAAAACGGUUGGAACCAAAAAGGAGAGCUUAUAUACUAUGUGUUUUUUACUUGCUUCAGCUCUGUGGUUUUCACCUUUCUUUUCCGAUUGCACAAAUUUCAGUUUUCGUGUCAUUGUCUUUGACAGGUAUUUUAUGGGUCAAAGUGAAAACGCUUCGCACGCAAUUAAUUUGUCGAGUGUCGGUUCUCGACAAGAGAGGCUCAAGUAGGCAGUCAUUGUCUUCAAGUCAGGUUAUCGUGAUCUGAGUUGAUUGUUUGACAAUUCUGCUGUUUUCAAGUAUGGGUUAAUUAAGCAAUAAACGAUAGCUUGAAGAGGUUUACUGUUGAAAACCGCGCUGUAUGGUUGGGAGAACACGAGAAAAGAUCUGUAAAUCAAGAGCCGUCAGGCGACUCAAAAGUCUUUAAAGACAGCAGCCUGGUUUACCGGUGAAAUUAACCAUAGCUUUUCUCAUGAAAUCCGCCAAUCAGCGCGUGUGUUACAAUUGAGCUAUAAUAUAAAAUGUGUAUGAUAUGAUGUACGUUUCGUGCGGACUGGUGAGCUUCAUUAAAUGAACUAUGUUGGCGAAAUUACUAUCGCAUUAUUACUACACCACAUAAAAGAAAAAACUAAUGGAAGUUUAAUAGUUACCAUGUUUAAUUGGGCUUCCUGUGGUGUAGGAAUGAAAUGCAUGWCAAAAUAUCACGAAUCAUCCCAAAUCCUUAGAAUUGKCAUUAACUAUUCUCUACAUGUAUAGUCAUGUCGAGCAUGUGAUMGCCACGGUCUAAAAAUAAACGGACAUGUAAUGUUCCGAGAAUCAACUCUCCCGUCUUUUCCUGGAAUUAUUGAGAUUCACAACGCGGUUAGUACUUCAUGUAAGAAACCCGAGAUGUACCCUAAACAUAAUCCUAACUCUAACACAGAAAUAUACUAGUAAGUGMCAAUUCAUGGGGUUGUACAUGAAUUACUGACCCACACCGUAACUGAGCUUCAUGGAAAUCGAGAAAAAGYCGAKGUUCUGAGUUAAAAUGUUAUCGAAACACCAAUGCUGGCGAUGUAUUCGAGAAACAAAACAAGGAAUAACGUGUAUGAAGUGUCAUAAGGCCUWUUACUGCAGUAARAAGUGYUAUAACGAAGAUCAAUACAGACACRGCAGUGACUGCGAUGACAUGGCUUUACGCUUCGUSUGUCGAGGAUGYSGAAAAACUGGCAGCUCAAUGAUGAUGUGUUCAAAUUGUAUGAACGCCUGGUUCUGYGGAAAAGAUUGUCUGAAAAAGAACUUUAAAUCAAGUCACARGGAKGAGUGYAAACAGGUUUCUGAACAAGUAAAAGAUGUAGCGAAAGGGAUGAAACWGCGGUCAGUUUUGAUGGCCGGCUCUCGUUUGGAAUUGAAAGCGCUUUAUUACUUUGGAAAUUCACCAGCGAUUGACUUGCUUAAUACRUCGAUGAAUGAAGGUCAAGAUUACAGYGACCCUCUAAGGCUUCUACUGUGUGGAGUUGGCGAUCCUAGACAUGURUUUCUUACAAUCAGCAAGCUAACCCCUAAUAAURACGAUGUAGACUUUGUAUUGAAUGACAUCAAUGAAUGUACUUUGGCAAGAACCGUUCUCCUGGUUUAUAUGCUUUGGAAAGUGGGUUCAGACAAAGCUGAAUCUGUUGUACAAGUAUGGUAUUCCUUACACAUAUCACAACAAGACCACGACAUAAUGCUAUCUUGUCUACAAGACUUGAUCGACGCGUCUAACUUGCACGACAUCACAUAUGGUACCUUGAAUAUCAAGAACGACGAUCACCUCAUGAAGUUGAAGGAGGUAUGGAAGACAUGGCAACGUAUGUCAACACAGGACAACGAUCUUACUGGACAGCGGCGUGAAGUCUUUGACAAAAAAGAUGCGCUAGAUGGAGCCAAAUUACAUCUCGAUGAAAUUCCAAGUAGACAUAGGCAUUCAAUGGAUGAUUGGUUCAGGAAGGGUGUGCUAAAGUCUGAAAAGAAAAGGAAAGGURCAMGAAARGAAAAUGUUACACUGACAGGCUCGACCAUAUUUACUGAUGGCAAGUUUAAGUAYCCCAUUACUUCAGAUUGUCUGCCAUUUUGUAACUGGGACUACCUUGAUGCCUCUGCUGCCUAUCCAAACACGAAUGAUGUUAACGRGCUAUACAAUCAAUACAUCACCGAUGUACUGGCAAAAWGUGCUGAAWACCUUCAACGAAAUGAAAUCCAUAUUUCUUUUCUCUUGUGCUGCUGUCUUGAAGUUCCAAACUUCAUUGAAGAUGGUGUAAGGUUUGAUCGUAUUACCACAUCUAAUCUAUGGGACUAUAUUCCGUUAACAAAGCUGUUUACAGCAAUGAAACCAUUGCUUAAUUCAGAAAACAAGUCAGCGGCAUUAAUCACAGAAUCCCAGAACUGGGUGAAUUUUUUUCCUGGCUUAGAAGCGCGCAAAAGUGUAUUAGCAGCAUUACCAUGGAGUGGUCUAAGGCAAAAGAUUCUUCAAGAUACCGGSAACCAACGUAUUGCCCAAACAUAUGGUAUUGUCGCAUUUAAGGACUAUCUCAGCUAUCUAGUCGAGUUCACAUGCUUUGUACGUGCAUCAUUGCUCGAGGAUUCCGAGCCUGGUAAAAGGAAGGUUCUUAUACCAUCACUCGACCAGCUUGCCGGGCGAUUUGGAUUCAAAGCUCGAGAUUUUGCUCACCAUGGUAACACAAUUUCCCCAYACCGCUGGAAGUUGAAUUGCCGUCGCAUAACUUUGUUAACAGGACAAGAGUGUACAGUAGAAUGGACCCUAGUGUAACUUGAAAUGGACUCUGCAUGGAUCCAGCUAAAAAACAAUAAACUAAAACAGUGCUGACACUUUGUUAAUAAUUUAUAAGCUGAAUUUUAGUACUAGUGACGUUAUGUUUUGCCAUUUUAUCGGGUUUUUCCCCUACGUUUCUCAUAUAGACCCCUUGCAUGUGAGAUUUUUAUCCUCUUGGGAACUAGAAUCUAUUGUUUUGUCCUCCAGUUGGAGCUGCAUUCCCAUGAACUGCAAGGGGUCUAUAGUUACUUUAGUUGAACAGUUCUUUUUAUUCUGUAAAAGAUGUGACCCUAUCAGUUAAUAGUGUCGCAUUAGUURCCAGGUUUUCCCAUGAUGCAAUUGAUUUCACACGACAACCAGUAAUAUUUCCUCUGUUGUAAGUAGUGACACAGGUGUAUUCAGAAAUCGGACAGCUUUUUAUCCUUUAUAACAAGGUUUUAUGCUGGUGAUAUUUUAUGGACAGAAUUAGCAAAUCAUUUUUUAUGAGGGUACCCAACAACCAUUGCGGCCGUUUGAUCUUCGAGUAAAGUCAUUAAACUCAACAAUUCUGUCCAUGAAAAUAACUUAAAUUGAGAACCUUGUUAGUAGAUAUUGACUUUGUGCACAAGUCAUGAUUUCUAUAACUUACCUUUGUUGACAUUCUAUGUUGUUUCUAGUCUAAUAAAAGGAAAUGAAGCGUU